UCUAUUUCUUCAAUGUUGAAACCACCUGUAAAUUCCAUCUUCAACCACCGGAGUCUUCAUCUUCUACAACGAUGCAAAACCCUACGUUCUCUCAAUCAAGCACACGCCCAAAUCAUCACAACGGGUUUGAUCCUCCACACUUACCCAAUCAGCCGUCUUCUCCUCAUCUCUUCCUCCAUUGCCUCCAUAACCUACACUCUCACCAUCUUCUAUCAAUUCCAUUCCCCAUCAAUCUUUCUCUUCAACACCCUUAUCUCCUCUUUCGCCACCAAUCAUCAUCUUCAACUUGCUUUCUCACUUUACACCCAAGUUAUCUCCACCCAUCUUCAUAACCCAAAUCAAUACACCUAUCCCUCUCUUUUCAAGGCAUGUGGCUCUCUUUUCUGUCUUUCACAUGGCCGUUCCCUCCAUGCCCAUGUCUUCAAGUUUCUUGACCCACCUUAUGACCGUUUUAUACAAACCUCCUUGGUCGAUUUCUAUUCAAGGUGUGGAAGAGUUGAUAAUGCACGGAAGGUGUUUGAUAGAAUUACCCAACCAGAUUUAGUCACUUGGAACUCUAUGUUGUCAGCUUACACCCGGAAAUAUUCUAGUAUUGAUAGUGAUGCUAAUUGUUCUCUGGAAGUCCUGGUUUUGUUUAAGGAAAUGCAAAUAUCUCAUGUUAUGCCCAAUGAAUUAACCUUGGUCGCUUUAAUUACUGCUUGUGCCAAUUUGGGUCUUCUUUCGCAGGGUAUUUGGGCUCAUGGUUAUGUGUUAAAACAGAAACUUGACCUAAAUCGGUUUGUGGGUACCUCCUUGAUAGACAUGUAUGUAAGUUGUGGUUGUCUUUAUUUAGCACGCCAACUGUUUGAUAGAUUGCCUGAAAGAGACACAUUCUGUUACAAUACAAUGAUUAAGGGUUUAGCUAUUCAUGGUUAUGGACAUCAAGCGCUUGACCUAUUCGAGGAAAUGGAACUAGACGAAGAAUUAUCACCCGACGAAGCUACUAUCGUUGUGAUAAUAACUGCCUGUUCACAUUCCGGAUUGACAGACAAAGGCUGUGAAAUUUUCGAUUCAAUGAUGGAGAUUCAUGGGAUUGAGCCGAGACUUGAACAUUACUGUUGUCUUGUGGAUCUUUUGGGACGAGCUGGACGGUUUAAGGAAGCGGAGGAAAGGAUUAUGAGGAUGCCAAUGAAGCCCAAUGAGAUCAUAUGGAGAUCAUUAUUGGCAGCUGCAAGAAUCCAUAGUAAUUUAGAAAGUGGCGAAAUUGCGUUGAGGAAUUUGAUUGAAUUAGAUCCUGAGACUAGUGGGAACUACGUGCUUCUCUCGAAUCUAUACGCUAGAAUUGGGAAAUGGGAUGAUGUGAAUAGAUUGAGGAAGUUGAUGAAAGAUCGAAAGAUUGAGAAAAUGCCUGGAGUUAGUAUGGUUGAGAUUAAUGGCGUGAUGCAUGAGUUCUUAACCGGCGAUAGAAGGCACUCGAUGUCAGUUGAUAUAUAUUUGAAACUUGAGGAGAUAUUUAGUAAGGUUAAAUUGUAUGGACAUAAGGCAGAAACCAAGGAAGUUUUGUUUGAGAUCGAAGAAGAAGAGAAAGAAGAUGCUCUUUCUUACCAUAGCGAAAGGUUGGCUAUUGCUUUUGCCCUUAUUGUUUCGGACGAGGCAGGCGAUUAUUCAACACCUAUUCGGAUAAUAAAAAAUCUUCGGGUUUGCAGCGAUUGUCAUGCGAUUACUAAGGUUAUUUCAAGAAUUUACGAUAGAGAGAUCAUUGUUAGAGACAGGACUCGGUUUCAUCAUUUCAAAGAGGGGAACUGCUCUUGCUCAGAUUUUUGGUAAUUAUCCUUGUAUAAAAUUUAGUUGGUUU